AUGAUUGAUCUAUUCUCAAGUCCAUCUCCAAUUCCAUAAUAAUCAACUACAAAUGAUGAAAAUAUCUAAUGUAAUUGGAUGUAAAAACGUUUCUUAUUUACUCAAAGCCAUUGUAAAAAAAUUGACUUUGAUAACAGUCAUACUACGUAACUUUUGAAAUAAUCUUGAAGGAAAUCUAUUUUUCCUAUCUCUUCAUAAGAAGAAAUACGGAUUCCAAGUGCUAAAAUUGAAAAUAAAGAGUUCUUAGAUCCAUUACAUUUAAGUUCUUAUACUUAAUCAUAUAUUGACAAAAACCAAUUCUCAAUUGUCUGUGAAACUUAAAAGAGUCAAGUCACAUUAAAUUUAUUGAUUGCUGGACAAUGUGGAACUGGAAAAACAACAUUCGUUGAUGCUUUAUUAAAUAAAGUAAAUUCCAAAAAUACACUAUAUAUAGAAACCUAUAGCUAGACAAUAUCAGGGAAAUAUUUCUGAAACUAAUCAAGUAUAAGAAUCUAUGGGAGUUAUUGAAUAUGAAAACUAAAUUGUUUAUUUAAAUAUCUUUGAUGCAAAAGGUUUUUAAAAAAAUAACUAAAAAGAAUGGUUUAAAGAAAUUAGGCAUUUAAUCAAUUAAAAGGUAAUCUAUACAUAUUAUUCAAGUUUAAAAAAUAAAUUCGAAGAAACAAGUAUGCAUAUCUUAACAAAACACUAUAUUCUCAAAUAUCUAAUUUAAUAAAUGAUGAAAGAGUAAACAUUUAUAUAAUUAUUCCAUAGAUUCACUUAUGUCUUUACUUUCUCAGUGGACCUGCAUACUUUAAUGAGGAUAUUCUAUAUUUACAAAAGUUAUCCAACUUAGUAAAUGUUAUACCAAUCCUAGCCAGAGGUGAUUAAUAUACAAAAUCUGAAGUUCUUGAAUUAAAAUAAAGAUACAAUAAGACUUUUAAAGAAUUCAAUAUUGAUAUCUAUGAUUGUCUCAAAAUUAAUGAUGAAUCAUUCAAAUAAUAACUCAAAUAAGGAGAAUUUGGAUAGUGUUCUCCCUUUAUGAUUAUUGCUUCUACUUAUGAAUAUUACAAUGAUUAAGGCAAGAAAAUACAAGGGAGACAAUAUCCUUGGGGAUAAUGUGAUCUAUGGAAUCCUUAACAUUCAGAUUUCUUGUUACUCUAUAAAUCAUUAAUAGGAUAUUAUAUAUAUGAUUUAAUUAAGCUUACUGAUUUCUAUCAACAUAGCUUUAUUAAAAGAAAACAAGAAACUUAGAAAAAGAAUAAAAGCAGAAUGGGCUUUUUAAAUUAAAUAUUAGUUCAAAUCAAUUAAAUAUUAUAUUUAAUUGAUUGA